ACGACUUGACGCUCCAGGUGACUCAGUCGGACUCGCUGUAUUCGGUGAUAUUCGGUCAUAACCGGUUCUUUUCAUGAUUUUCUAUUGUUACACCCUCGUGCCGGCCUCUUCUUCCUCAGGUGUGCUGACGUCCUGUCACCAUGGUCCUCAGGUACUUCCUGUCGGCUCUCAUUAAUAAAGCUCAGGUGGUGGAGAAACUCUCCGAGUCCCUUCCGGUCCGCGGCGCCGCGAAGCUGACCGCCCGGGCCGUGCUGAAGGCGCAGGAGGCCGGGAAGGAGGCCGCGGGCCGGGCGCUGCGGUCCCGGACCGUCCAACAGAUCCGGGAGGAGACCGCGGAGGUUCCGGGGGGACUGGGAGAACUGGGCCAGAAGGUCCGAAGGAUCCAGAGGUCUCUACUGGAGGACCUUAAAGACGGAACCAGAGACAUGACCCGGUCCAGACAAAUCAAACACAAGAGGAAAUGACGCUACAUCCGACAUGAACUUACAAAAUAAAAGCAUGCUUAGAGACAAACGCACGUCUCAAAUAAGGGAAAAAAAAUAACCUUCUUUCGUUUUUUUUCUCCAAUAAACACUUUUUUUUAAUCAUCAUUAAAACUUUUAUCCGUUACAGUGAAGUUCUCUGUCAGAAAAUGUGACUUUAAUCCUUCUAAAUAAAUUCGGUGGGAAUAAAAAUCUGUCAAAAAAAGAGAAAUUUAAGAUGAAUUAUCAGAACUACUCAAGGACGUAAGGUAAACACUGUUCAGGUUAAAAUGUAAAAUUUGAUACAAGUUUUAAAGUUUUAUUUUGUAGUUUUUGGUCAAUUUAAGCUGCUUUUAAAAGUUUAUUUAUGAAUUAUUAAUGACUUUAAUCUGAGGUUUGAAGGAUUUGACAGUUUCUAUGGGCUCAUUUAUAAAUACACACUGGAGGAACAACAACAGUUAAACUUGGUGUUAAAGUGUAGAAGACAUCUCUGACUACUGACACACUGAGGUUUUUUCAUUUUUACUGUGUCAAUAUUAAGAAAUUUCAUAUUAAAAGUCCGACAUUUGUACUUGUCACAGUAUAGUUUGAUAAAAAUAUUGUUGUAUAAUAUGAUAAAAUUAUCAAGUAUAAUAUGAUGAAAAUAUAACAUUUAGAAUGAAAAAAUGUUAAAGCAUAGUGUG